GAGUAUAAACACAAGAGCUUGUAGUAUGGAGGCUUAGUUCCAGAGUUGUCUGGGUGAUAGUGAGUUGGAAUAGUGAAGAUGGUUUCCCAAGUGUGUCAGAACUACUACAAGGACUGUGAGGAUGCUGUUAACAAGCAGAUCAACCUGGAGCUCUAUUCCUCCUAUGUUUACCUCUCUAUGUUCUCUUACUUUGACCGGGAUGAUGUUGCCCUGCGUCACUUUGCUGAGUUCUUCAAGAAGGAGUCCCAUGAGGAAUGGGAACACGCUGAGAAACUGAUGGCAUUCCAGAAUAAACGUGGAGGCCGUGUUCUCCUGCAGGCCAUCAAGAAGCCAGAGCAGGAUGAGUGGGGCAAUGGUCUGGAGGCAAUGCAGAGAGCUCUGCAGAUGGAGAAGGAUGUGAACCAGAGUCUGCUGGAUCUGCACAAGCUGGCCUCUGAUCACAUUGACCCUCACCUGUGUGACUUCCUGGAGAGGCACUACUUGGAUGAGCAAGUGAAGAUGAUCAAGAAGCUGGGAGAUCACAUCACCAACCUGAAGAGACUGGGAGCCCCUGACAAUGGCAUGGGAGAGUACCUGUUUGACAAGCUCACGCUGAGCUGAGUGGGGUCAAUAAAUUCUAUUUGUGCAUCGUGACUUCAUUCUAGUGAGUGACUUUGGUUGUGCUCUGAACAGAAUUAAAAUAGUGUUCACCAUGGAA